GUUUCCACCACCCACUACUACCGCCACCAUCACCGUUAUUAUUCCUGACUUCUACAACUUAUUCUAUCUCGCUGGUGCAAAUCUUAGAGAUCAAAGUCUGCACCCGUUCAACAAGCCCUGUCAAUCUCCACUGCAGUUGACACCGCCUUGCUACCCGCGUCCUCAGAUUCACCCUUUCCAAUCAAUUCAUCCUCCCUCUCAACCUCCUGCAACUAUGUCGGAUACCACCGAAACGAAGCCUACCCCAUCUGCUGAUCAGACUGCUUCGUCUGAUCUCAGACCUGCUCAAGAUGAGACCAAAUUGGUGCAGGACCCUCUAGGCAAGCCCGAGACAGAGGCUCCUAACCCCACUUCAUCCUCUUUGGCCGAUACUGCCAGCAGUGCCGCUUCUGCAGCCGCCUCUACGGCCACUGGCGUCAAGGAUUCGGUCUUUUCAAUGUUUGGUGGUGGCGCAAAGAAGGAGAAGAAGGUCGAGGAAGAGGACGAAGCGGCAAAGAACGAACCAAGUGGAAGUUCAAAGGCGAAGAAGGAAGAGGAUGACGAUGACAAAGCCGAGGAAGAGGAAGCCGAUGUCGAGUUUGAGCCUGUCGUUCGAUUGACUGAGAAAGUGGACACAAAGACCAACGAAGAGGCCGAGGAGCAGGCUUUCAAGAUGAGAGCCAAGCUAUUCAAGUUUGAUCGCGAGUCAAAGGAGUGGAAAGAACGAGGUACUGGCGAUGUUCGAUUGCUCAAGCACAAGGAGAAUGGCAAGACGAGACUGGUCAUGCGACGAGACAAGACUCUCAAGGUCUGUGCCAACCAUUACGUCACCCCUGAUAUGAAGCUCUCCCCCAACGUUGGAAGUGAUCGCAGUUGGGUCUGGAAUGUCGCUGCAGAUGUGAGCGAGGGUGAACCUGAGGCUCAGACACUGGCCAUUCGUUUUGGAAACAGCGAAAAUGCCAAUCUCUUCAAAGAAGCCUUCAUCAAAGCGCAGCAAGAGAACGAAGCCUUGUGGGGCAAGGCAUAGUUCAUGAUUCCCUGUUUUCUCAGCCCUGAUAGCAAACACUCAGCAUUUGCCCAAAGAACCUUGUAUGCCAUGCUUGGUUUCCUGCAUAAGGUACGAUAGAUUUACUCCCCUUUCACCUGGGGAGUGGAAUCAGAGAACGAACGGGACAGGGACUGAUUAUUCGGCGAUGAAGUCCUCAGUCACCUGUUGAUCGUAACUCGUUCUUCUAGAUAGAGACAAUUCAAUCCCUCUUCGUGAACAACAGUCUGCUCAUGGACACGGCAG